AUGAACGACAUCUACAAGGCAGCGGUUGAGCAGCUGACAGAUGAACAGAAAAAUGAGUUCAAGGCCGCCUUUGACAUCUUCGUACAAGAUGCGGAGGACGGCUGCAUCAGCACCAAGGAGCUGGGGAAGGUGAUGAGGAUGCUGGGUCAGAACCCCACACCAGAAGAGCUGCAAGAGAUGAUUGAUGAGGUGGAUGAAGACGGGAGUGGCACGGUGGACUUUGAUGAGUUCUUAGUCAUGAUGGUGAGGUGCAUGAAGGACGACAGCAAGGGGAAGUCAGAGGAAGAACUGGCAGAGCUGUUUCGCAUGUUCGACAAGAAUGCAGAUGGUUACAUUGACCUGGACGAGCUGAAAAUGAUGCUUGAAUCUACAGGAGAGGCAAUUACUGAGGACGACAUUGAGGAGCUGAUGAAAGAUGGGGACAAGAACAAUGACGGCAAAAUUGACUACGAUGAAUUCUUGGAGUUCAUGAAAGGAGUGGAGUAA